AUGGCUCUUGCUUGGUUAAACAAAGAAGCCCACAUCAACCGUCCCAAACCAUUAAAGUUCUUCAACUUUUGGUCCAAUCAUCCUAAUUUCCUUGAAGAAGUCACUCUUUCAUGGCAGCACCCAAUUUAUGGUAAUCCUAUGCAUGCUCUUUUUCUUAAACUUAAACGUCUCAAGCCUUGUUUACAAGCUUUGAACAAUAACUUUUACAGUAACUUAUCUGCUCGUGUCAAUCUCAAAAAAUUAGAGCUGGAACAAGUACAAAUUUAUACUCUUAAAGGUAUCAACCCUCUUGAUAAGGAAAUGUCCAUUCAAAAUAAGCUUGAUGCCCUUGAAGAAGCUGAAAAUAUAUUUUUGAAGCAAAAAACUAAAGUCAAAUGGCUAAAAGAGGGAUACAAGUGCACCAAGUAUUUUCACUCAGUCAUGGCCACUAAAAAUAAAAAUGGCACUAUAAGGGUUCUUAUCAAUGCUCAAGAGAAAAGGCUGGAUUCUUUUGAAGAUAUGUCCACAGAAGUCCUUGAUUUUUUCAAAUCUCAAUUAGGUACUGCUGAUCCUAAUUUACAGCAUGUUGAUCCUCAGUACUUGAAAAGAGAUGAUUUUAUCAAAGCUACCAUAUUCUUCUUCCAAGAAGCUUCCAUCUUGCCUGUUUUUAAUUAUACUAUUAUAUCUUUGAUUCCUAAGCUUCAAAAUCCCAGCACUGUUAAAGAUUACAGACCUAUCUCUUGCUGCUCUGUGGUGUACAAAACCAUCUCCAAAAUCCUUUUUAAAAGACUGAACAAGCUGCUGCCAGAAGUUAUUUCUCCCAACCAGUCUGCUUUUGUUAGAGGAAGAACUAUAAUAGACAAUACUCUCAUUGCUCAAGAAUUAGUGAAAGGUUAUGGAAGAAAGCAAAUAUCUCCUAGGUGUGCUCUCAAAAUUGACCUCCAAAAGGCAUUUGACUCUCUUCAUUGA